AUCCUCGAGGGGCCUCUCCCGACCGUAUCCUACUUCCUGAAUCAGUGAGGGUCCCCGCCUGUUCCUACCUGUCCAGAGAGCUGGGAGAGGAGUUCCUGAAUGGGGAGGACGCGGGAAUCCUCCACUGUGGGGACUCCCAAGCUGAGAGGGGGCCCGGGACACCAGCCCCUGACCCCCUCCCCCUUAGGAGUUCACCCGGAUGUCUGGGGGAGGGGGCCCAGGAAGGGGAAGUGGCCGCUUCUGCUUCUGAUAUCUGUGAUGGGGGCAGGGUGUCACGACUGCUGAUGGAGAGGGCACCGCGGCAGGAUCCCCACCCGGCCACUCCAUUGCCCAGGGAGGGCAACAUGCUGAUCUGCGCCCCCUAGAAGGGGGUGCCUGCAGCAGAAACGUGGCGAGGGUUACCCCCGGCUCCUGAGAGCAGGAAGAGGUACAGUGACAUCUUCCGGAGCCUGGACAACCUCGAAAUCUCCCUGGGGAGCGUGUGAGUCUGAGCCUGAGUCACCCCAAAUCCUGCCAGGAUCCCUAAAUCCCUGGCCGUUUAGAUGCCCAAAGCCCCUUUAGGACCCUGCAACUUCUGGAGGCACUGACCUAAUAACGCAAGAAGCCUAAGCGAGGGCACUCAACACACCUGAAUAUCCCCAAAUUCAACCCCCUAAAUCCACCGGCAACCCCUAGCGUGAUCCUAGGGGCCCCACGUAUCCUUCUUGUGACCCUUGUGAUCCCUUAAAACAUUGGAGAACUUUAUAAUCCUGCUCUAAACCCCAGAGUUACCCAGGAUCCUUCAAAUUCUAUCUUAAAUUUCUUUAAAAAAGCAGCUCACUUCCCUCCCUAAAGUCCUAUCCCUCAGGACCCCCAGAUGCGACAGAUGUCACAGAGGUGAUAUCUAGGACCAUCCCCAAACUGCCCUGGGGUCCCCAGACCCUAGGUGGGACAGACUCGGUGGAGGGUGGCAUCCUGAUUCCCUGACCUCCCAGGACUCUUGAGAUGCUGGCUGGAGACACUGUGAUUUCAGGAGACCCGGAACCUGACAAGAACCCCACAGCCACUCUGGCCAGUGAGACCAGCCACUGGAGUGGCCCCUCCCCAGAGGAUCCUGCACCCCUUACAGGGGAGGAGCUGGACUUGCAGCUCAUCAGAACCAAGGGCGGCGUGGAUGCAGCUCUGGAUUACGCCAAGACCUGGAGCCGCUACGUCAAGGAGCUGCUCGCCUGGACCGAGAAGAGAGCCAGUUAUGAGCUGGAGUUUGCCAAAAACAUCAUGAAGAUUGCCGAGGCUGGCAAGGUGUCAAUCCAGCAGCAGAGCCACAUGUCACUGCAGUAUAUCUACCUCCUGUUUCUGGAGCACGACCUCAGCCUAGGAAGCCUGGCCAUGGAGACACUGACCCAGCAGAAAAGAGAUUACUACCAGCCCUUGGCUGCCAAACGGACUGAGAUUGAGAAGUGGCGGAAGGAGUUCAAGGAGCAGUGGAUGAAAGAGCAGAAGCGAAUGAACGAGGCGGUGCAGGCGCUGCGGCGGGCCCAACUCCACUACAUGCAGCGCAGCGAGGAGCUGCGGGUGCGCUCCCAGGUGUCGCCCGAAGAUCUGGCUCUCCAGGCCUCACCGGGCCCCAACAAACAGCAGGAACGGCGGCGACGCUCUCGAGAAGAGGCCCAGGCCAAGGCGCAGGAGGCCGAAGCGCUGUACCAGGCCUGCGUCAGAGAGGCCAACGCGCGGCAACAGGAACUGGAGGCCGCCAAGCAGCGGAUCGUGUCCCACGUGCGCAAACUGGUGCUGCAGGGGGACGAAGUGCUGCGGCGGGUGACCCUGGGAUUGUUCGGGCUUCGAGGCGCUCAGGCAGAGCGUGGCCCCCGCGCCUUCUCCGCCCUGGCUGAGUGCUGUAAGCCCUUCGAGCCUGGCCAGCGAUACCAAGAGUUUGUGAGGGCACUAGGGCCCUACCCCCCACCACCCCCGCCAGCCGCCUAUUCUUUCCAGGAGUUCACGCACAGUUCCCCUCUGGACACAAGAAAGAAGCUCUCUGGAGCACCCCCUCCACAGCUGGAUGAGAGUGCAGCUGAGCCAGGCCCUUGGGAGGACACAGGCACAGGCUGGCAGGCAGCUCUGGGCCCCACUGUGGGCAGUGAUGUGGACAGCGUGGGCGGCGGCAGCGAGUCUCGCUCCCAGGACUCUCCCACUUCCAGUCCAGGCUCUGGCACGAGGCGGCUGGUAAAAGUGUCAUCCAUAGGCACCGAGUCUUCAGAUGACUUUGAGGAGCGAGACCCUGACCUGGGAGAUGGGCUGGAGAACGGGCCAGGGACCCCCUUCAAGAAGUGGAUACUGUCCAACGCGGCCCAGACCCACCGGUUGCGGCGGCUGCGGGGCCCAGCCAAGUGCCGAGAGUGUGAGGCUUUCAUGGUCAGCGGGACAGAGUGCGAGGAGUGCUUUCUGACCUGCCACAAGCGCUGCCUCGAGACUCUGCUGAUCCUCUGUGGACAUAAGCGGCUACCAGCCCGGACUCCCCUCUUUGGGGUCAACUUCCUGCAGCUGCCCAGGGACUUCCCAGAGGAGGUGCCUUUUGUGAUCACCAGGUGCACGGCCGAGAUAGAACAGCGUGCGCUGAAUGUGCAGGGCAUUUAUCGGGUCAGCGGGUCCAGGGUCCGCGUGGAACGGCUGUGCCAGGCUUUUGAGAAUGGCCGAGCAUUGGUUGACCUGUCAGGGAACUCACCUCAUGAUGUCUCGAGCGUUCUCAAGCGAUUCCUCCAGGAGCUCACUGACCCCGUGGUCCCCUUCCACCUCUACGAUGCCUUCAUCUCUCUGGCUAAGACCCUGCAUGCAGACCCUGUGCACGACCCUGGGACCCCCAGCCCCGGCCCUGAGGUUAUCCGCUCGCUGAAGACCCUCUUGGCACAGCUGCCCGACUCUAACUACAACACCCUGCGGCACCUGGUGGCCCAUCUCUUCAGGGUGGCUGCACAGUAUGAGGACAACAAGAUGUCUGCCAACAACCUGGGCAUUGUAUUUGGGCCAACGCUGUUGCGGCUGCCCGAUGGUCCAGGGCCAGCCGGUGCCGGACCUAUCACCUGUCUGCUGGAUUCCGCACACCAGGCUCAGCUCAUCGAGUUCCUCAUUGUGCACUAUGAGCAGAUCUUCGGGGCUGACGAGCUCCUCCUGGCCACUGAGCCCCUGCCCCGAGACCCCAGCCCACCCCCUGUGACCCUCUCAGCCAGCCUCCAGCCACCACACUUACAACUUGUCCUGGACCCCCUGCCCUUAUCCCUCGCCUCAGACCAGGACCCAGACGCCAUGCUCCUUAGUGCCCUGGAGAAGCAUCCCGAGGCCACGCUCCCAGAGAUUUCAACUCUGCAGAGUGAGCAGGAAGAGGAAAUAACCGAAAACAUCAAAAAUGAGGGAGGGGAAGUGUCCAACCAAGGGCCUGAGGACUCACCCCUGGGGACACAGCCCCGUGGCCACUUCAGCCGCCAGCCAGUUAAGUAUUCCCGGGGAGGUGUGCGGCCUGUCACCCACCAGCUGUCUGGCUUGGCCCUGGUGGCUUCCAAACUGUCCGAGGAGACCCCCAUCACAUCAGUGUCCCAAGGGAGCCUGCGGAGGCGAGGACCCAGCCCCGCCGCCAGCACCCGUGAAGACAGCCCUCUGCGCCGCACCCCGCUGCCCAAGCAUUUUGAGAUCACCCAGGAGACAGCCCGGCUACUCUCCAAGCUGCACAGUGAGUCUGUGCCCCAGGCCACCUGCUGCCCAGACCCCCAAACUGAGGAGGCCGAGGACCACUUCUGACUAUUCCAGCGCUCUGAUCAAGAAGGCCAGGACUGAGAAGAUGGGCCCAGCUUCCCAGGAGUUAAAUGUUGGGGUGUCUGGAGAGUUCCUAUGAGGAAAGACUACAUGGCCUAGCGGAGAACUAAAACCCUUUUGGCGGUACCAGGAUACCCUCUACAAAACACAGGUCAAUGUCAAGCAUCAGGGCCACUCAGGUUCACAGGUUACUCAGGGUCAAUAUAGGUCAUGGGAUCCUUGAGACAGGGGUGCUUUUUGCUACUUUGGUUGUGGCCACUCCCCCAUUUCUGUCUGCUUCCUUAGCUGAUCCCAAAUGACCAGAUCUUGGAGGGUGUGGCAACCCAGACUCAGCAUCCUGGUGGUGCCUGGGGUCUGGUGGCCUCUGAAUAAACUGUGUCUUUUAUA